UGCCGUCGCUUGGUUGCGGCGCCGCUUCCGUCGGUGGGGACCGACCGAAAUGGCGGCGGCCACCACAGCCUUGUCCCUCUCCUCCGCCUCCUCCUCGUCUGCCGCGCUGCUGCGCCCGGGUUGGGCGCCCCUGAGGCGGUGGCGAACCCUCGCUCGCAGCGCCAGCAGCUUCCCUCGCAGCGCCGCCAGUGAUGAAGCAACUGUUAUCUCAGGGACGAAGCUGGCGCACCAGGUGUUGAAAGAAGUUCGGAGGGAUGUGGAGUCGUGGAUAUCUGCUGGGAACCAGAGGCCUCACCUUGCUGUCAUAUUGGUAGGAGACAAUUCAGCCAGUCACAUCUAUGUCAGGAACAAGAUAAAGGCAGCUGCAGCUGUGGGCAUUUCUAGUGAGAUCAUACUGAGGCCUAAAGACAUUUCACAGGAAGAGCUCUUGGAUAUGACAGCAAAACUCAACAAGGAUUCCAGAGUUAGUGGUUUAUUAGUUCAGCUACCUCUCCCAGGUCACAUCGACGAGCGGACGGUGUGCAACGCCAUCGCCCCUGAGAAGGAUGUGGAUGGGUUCCAUAUCAUGAACAUCGGGCGGCUGUGUCUCGAUCAGCCUUCCAUAAUCCCCGCCACCGCUGCUGCCGUCUGGGAGAUCAUCAAACGGACAGGAAUACAAACAUUUGGAAAAAAUGUUCUUGUAGCCGGGAGAUCCAAAAAUGUUGGAAUGCCUAUUUCAAUGCUUUUACAUACUGAUGGAGAGCACGAAAGGCCUGGAGGUGAUGCUACAGUGACCAUUACUCACAGAUACACCCCGAAAGAGCAGCUCAAGAUCCAUACACAGCUUGCUGACAUAGUAAUAGUUGCUGCAGGUAUCCCCAAGUUGAUUACAGCCGAUAUGGUCAAAGAAGGUGCAGCUGUGAUUGAUGUAGGCAUCAACCAUAUCCAUGAUCCUCUUACAGGAAAAACCAAAUUAGUUGGGGAUGUGGACUUUGAAGAUUGUCAGGGGAAGGUCUGAGAGACCAGUACCCAUCUGGAGAAAGCAGGAGGAGAGCUGUGGACUAAGUUACUUCAUUCCUGAGAAGCAGAAGCAGGACCUGAUGGAACGGACAGCACAGCACCUCGCCUGCCUACAUGAGAUCAGUCACACAUUGACAGGGUGUCCGAGAACUGUGCUUUGGCCUAUUUCACAUGACCAGGAAAGUCUAUUGAUGUUUUUGAGGCCAGGCUAUCUUCCCCCUUUGGUCACUGGCAUUCAUCUUGGAAAAUUGCACUCACCAUAUCUGUGUUUACUCUUACCAAUGGGAACUUAUCAGAUGGUGAUUUCCCCAGCACAGACGCCUGCUGUGUGUUCAAGACUCUGGAUCAGCUUUUGUGCAUAAGCUAUCUGGGUGGUUUUAUGCUAACUGACAAGAAAUUUGGCUUCUACCAUGCUUAGCCACAGGGAUUUCCAUAAUGGUAGAAUAUGGGCAGAGGAAUUCCCCAACAACUUGGGAAAGCAGUGCACUGUGUGUUUCCUGCUGGGUAGGGUUACUAACACCACAGGCAAUGCGGGCUGUACCUGACAGUGACCUGACAGGCACUGGAAGGCUUUCUUGAGGAAAUCUAUGGAAAGGCAUGGUCUGGUUGUGGGCUGUCCUCCUUGUAGGCAAGGUGGGAGUAGUUUGAAUAACACCACAAAAAGGAGGUAGGUAACAUUGCCAUGGAAACAAAUAUAUUUCAGUUUGAAGUGCCUACAGUAUUUUCUGUGUGAAUGGCUGUGUUUUCUUCACAUGUGGGUACAUUUCAGUAGUUAUGACACUAAUCUGACAAUUCAUAGUAACUGUAUUAAAUCUAGGCACCGUUUUGAAGUGGUAGGUACUUCAAAAUAAUAUGACUAUUGAAAAGGUUAAUUGUUUGUGUUUCAGAAUAUUGAGAAACAAUUGUCAUAUGACAUCUGAAUUAAUUUGUUGAAUUUUACAUCUGAAGAAAAACCGCGUUGUACCCUGACUUCCUUUCCAUGUAUUUUAGCAGUAUAUCUGGUGGUGCCAGUCAGCAGGAUAAUUAAAACCCUCCUGGUUGUAUUUACCAGCUCUCCUCAAUGAGGGUUGAUCUUUAGUUCGGUGAGGUAUUUGCUGUUAACUUUGCAAAUGCUCUCGUGAGUUUCCUGCCAUGGGAGAGGUUCAGACAGCAUUUUAUGAAUUUAUGUCUGGCUCCUCAAAUCUAGUGAAUCUCAUUUCCCAAAACCCCCAAUGUCCAAUUUUUCAAAUUCUUUUGUAAUAUUUUUUUUUGAGGCCUCCUUAUUCCUGACAGGUAAGCACCAUGUAGAUUCCAGAGACUGAAGAAAAAUACACUUAAAGCAGUAGCAAGCAACAAACAAUCCUGUUUGUUCCAAAGCCUAGUUUUCAGUCUCUUAAUCUCUUCUCAUAGCCAGGCAGAGUCUGCUCUGUAGGGACUUCAGUGGAAUUGAAUGUGUUUGUGUCACUUGUGCUUGCUCAGUCGUCUCCUCUGUGUAUGCCUUUGAAAAGGCAAAGCUUCUGUAAGUGGGGAAUGAUUUACCAAGAAGUUAUUACUAAGCAAGCCAAAAAAAGCUCCAAACUAACAAACAAAAAAACCUCUCAUGGAGGUGCCCUUAAAAAACCCUGACUCUCAGUAUUAACGAGGUGAGUCCCUACAAAGUUGAGCAGAAUUCCUUUGCAGACAGCCUGUAAUUCUGAUCAAUGGCAUUUUGUGCAGUAGGUAAGAAGAUCAAGCCAGGGUUUAUUGCUGUGUUAUAUAAUUUCCUCAUACAAACACCUUAAUUUAAAUGCACUUAAGGUGUAUACUGAAUUUGAGUAGUCUAACAUGGCUAAUGGUUGGACCUAAUUCAUCAGUAAGAUUUUCCUUUGUGGUACUUUGGGAGGACCUGCCCCUUUGCAUCCUGGUUUAAUCUAGGCACCCUAGUGAAAACAAUCUAAAAAAGAAUUCUUUUCUGGAGGAACUGGGUGUUUAUGGCUGAAAUUGCUGUGGGAAUUUUGCAAGUAGAAUUGUAUUUUUUCUUGAAGUGAACUCCUUUGUUGCUUCUAGUGUGAAGCAGAAAAACAAAUGAAACAGAAUUGUACUCUCUCCCUCUCCAUUUUUAUAUUUCUUUCUAUGAUCUCAGAGUGUCUUUAUAGCUUGUGUUGUAGGAGAACAGAUUAUGGGACAGAGGGAAUGGGGCUGUGGCUGAGCCUCAUCCCUAAUGGGUGCAGCUGUGUAAAACAGGUGAACAUGGUUGAAGGGAAAUGAGCACGGAAUGCUGAGGUGCUUUGACCAAUCACAGAAGAGUACAAGGCCCCACAGGUGGCAUGCAUGUGAGAAGCCAGGUAGAAAAGGUUGUAGUGGGGAACCAAAAAGUGCUGAGGCUUGAAACCAUUCAUGGUGUCAGCUAUGUGUCCUCUGUCACGUGGGGAGCAGAGGCUGACUAGGUGACUUAGCUGCUGGUGCUGUGCUGUCAAUGGCAGUAGUGCCAGCAGCCUCCUGCUCUGUGUGUUGCUCCUCAGGAACACAGAGCUGGGGGGUGUCACCUCCUUACCCACUGAAUGGCAUCCCCAGCUUCCAUAGCUCUCCUGGAUAUUGCUGGUGUGGUGUCCCAGCUGACAGAUGGGGGUGAUGUACAUCCGUGCUGCUCUCCUGGGCCUGUCCUGACCUCGUGUCACACAGAUGUUCCUGGGACAGCUGGUCAGCUGCGUCACAUGUGUGAAUGUUUUCCCUUACCAUAAGAGUUCCUUGGGAUUAGCCUUCCAUCUGUCGGAGUGCGGGCUGUGUGAGUGCCUGUGCUGCCGUGGGGAAAGGGCAAGGUGCUGCAGGUAGAUCAGCUGAACAGGUUGUGCAGCCUUGGCCCAGAACUAGCCCUGGGUGAUGCAUUCAGAUUAGGAGAAGUACCUUGCAGCCCCGGUGCUGGCCACAUUCCAUCUCUGCCCUGGCUGCACUAAAGCUUCUGCCUUGGCUGGUCCCUUCCCAGCAGUACCUGCCAGUCACAGCCCUUGAUGCAUAUGUGGGGAAAAAAGGUUUGGAAGCGUUCUUAUUCAAUGCCUUUUUCUCUUUUCUCUUAGAAGUGAAGAAGAAGGCUGCCUUUAUCACUCCGGUGCCGGGAGGGGUAGGACCUAUGACUGUUGCAAUGCUUCUGAAGAACACACUCCUGGUUGCUAAAAAGCUCAUUUACUAGAGCAAAUGGGUUACCUUGGAAGAAGAAUCUGAGUUGUUCUAUUUAUUGAUACACAAAACACUUAUUUUUUACUGUAAAUAUAUUUAUUUCUACAUUGUAUUUAUUUUUUCAUGUCAGGUAUGUUAAAUCUGAUGGUUUAUAAGAUGUUCAGAUACUUUGUCUUACCUCCUACUGACUUAUUGUGAGCAAAAUCGACUUGGAGAAUGCAGCCUACACAGGUAUGUUGGUGGUGGUGGCCAAUUAUGUGUUUGAGACUGAAGAAUGAAGUGUAAAUUACAACUUUACCUAUGUAUUGGGGCAGUUGUCAAGGUCUUGUAAACACCUGGGACCUGUUCAAACAACAUAAAAACUAAGACAUGCUAGCUAUCUUUCAAAUACAUGGUUUGGGUUCUGAGGUCACUAAGCACUCUGGAUGUAGUUCAGGGUCUUUAAAUACAUUUUUUGAACAAAUAGACCCAGCAGUGGCCAGGCAUAAUGUUGACAUGAAUGCAGUUGUUCAGUAAAUGUUUUGAGAGAGUCAAAUAAGCUUGAACACUGGUGAAAUUCUGACUUGAAGCAGCUGCAAGAGGUAAGCAUGAAUAAGUAGCUAGAAUUGAGACUGCAGUUAAUUUUUUUCCAUGUCUGGGCAAAUUGCUUUGGUGCUUAAUAAUGCCAUCUCACAAAAACCUCCCAAACCUGACUGGCUGAUUGGGCUGAAUUUGAUUGAAAUGGAAUGGAAUGGAAUGAAAUUGAUUGGAAUUGAGUGGAACGUAGUUAAAACUACUCUACACGUACCACAUAUGUAGUGUGGCAGGAGAUCAAGAGGAGGAGAAAACCAAAGCUUUAUCCCUCAUGAAAUAUUUGUGUUGAACUUUAAGCCAUUUAAUUAUUCUCUUAUUUUUCAAAACUGCUUCAAGAGGGCUUUUUUUAGUCAACGUUGUAAGCCUUGGCUUCAAUGGCCACAGUACUUUGCUGGCUAGAGAAGAGCAUAUGGGAUGAGUAUGCUUCUAUUCCCCAAGCUGUUUCCUGGAGGGAUCUGUAACAGCUACUGCUGGGAUGCCAGUUCAGCUGAGUGUGUGCACGGGUGACAUUCCCACUGAAGGCAGUUGCAGACAGUUUGGACUGCUACGUGUUUUUAUCUGAGUCAGGAUUAUUAGUUUAUUUUCAUCUGGAGCCAUAGGUGUUUGGUACUGGGCUAUAGUGAACUUGGAAGGGGAAGGAAAAAGACUGUGGAUAAGUUCUCUUGCUGUUAAGGGAAAAAUGCCCUUACUGUGAUAAAGAAGUCAAGGUGGAGCAUCAUUUCCGUGCUGACUGUUCUUGUGAUGGAUUUUGAGUUUCCUUUAGCACGGUGUUAGCAGAAGUUUGACAGGAUUAUUACUAAAUAUACGGUGCCAAUGAUGCAGACGCUUGCUUGUCUUUUUAAAUGCAGGUGGUAAUAUAAAUUUAUGUGGUAAUGUAAGUGUUAGGAGGAUGAAGGUACCUAUGGAGACUGUACUUGGACUCAUCAACCCAUGACUGAAAGAUGGAAUAAAACUUGUUCGCUCUUA